CUAACCCGAAAGGGUUAGAGAGGGAAAAUAAAUGAUAUAUUGUUCAACCUCAUGGGAUACCUAAGAAGACCAAAAGAUGCUAAGGCUCGGUCAAGGAAGCCUGAUGGACGCUGCCGGAGGCACCCGAAGCACCAGCAGGCCCCCGGGGUGUGCUCACUCUGCUUGAGAGAGAAGCUCUCCCAGCUCUCUAUUGGCAGCGGCGGCAGCUGCUCCUCUUCUUCUCGUGGUGUAGGAGGAGACGAGUACUCUUCAUGCUCGUCCUCUUCGAGCCUGUCGCCGUACGAGUCCUCGUCUUCUUGUUCUUCCCUGUCGUCCCCGGUGCACCGCUACAGGCUUGAGAAGGGCCCUGGCUUGUUGCGCGGGAAGGACGUGCUCAUGAAGAGCCGGUCGAUCGCUUUCGUUCCACGAUGGAGGGGGAAGGAGGUAGGUGAUCAGAAUAAGGGCAAAGGUGGAUUCUGGUCGAAGUUGAUUCCUGUCCCGGGAAGAAAGACAGCUGGCUCGGGAGAGGGUUUGAAGCACUCCAAGACAGUGAGGGAGAGGAUGACAAUGCAAACGAAAACCUAAUAUAUAUCCACGCAACAUAUAUCGGAAGGGAUGGGAUCGAGAGGGAAGCUAAACAAGCUACCUAGCGGCCCAAUUUCCAACUGCGACGAUAAUUCGUUUAAUUUUUUGGGGUUACAUAUUUUUACUUCUUCUGUCCUUGGAUAAAUAGAGCAGAGAAUGCCAGUUGUUUAGAUCUUUAAUUUACAUAUGAAAAUCAUAGUCAUAGAGGAAAAGUGAACAAACAGAGAGUGAAGGAGUGAGCACUGUGCGUAUAUAUAUGUGUGUGUGUGUGUGUGUGUUUUACACAAAAAGGAAGGGCAAAAAAGAUUCAACUGCUCUCUCUCUCUCUCUAUAUAUGUAAUUAUGUAUAAAGAUGGUUUCGAGUUCAAUCUCAUAAGAUUCAAAUA